GAGGUGGACGUCCUCACAGCUUCCUCUCCGGGUCGGUGUAGCGCAGCGGCAGCCCUCAGUCCCCUCACCCCCGGGCCGCCAAGAACCGCGCGCCCGCUGCCAGCCUGCCAUCGCCACUCCUCUCGGGCUAGUGUACUACCUUCUUCCCCCUUCCGCGUGUGCUACUAGUGACUCCGUUGACUUGGCACUGAAAAUAAAGGAAAAAGUGAUGUAUGAAAUAUGAAACUGACACAAGCUUAGAAAAUUGUGAUACGAAUGUGAAAAAAAAGAGGAUGAAAGUUCGGAGUGAGGAAAAAUAGAAGUCAUAAACGUCUUGAUCAAAAGCUUGUAAACUAGAGAUGCUUACUUUUCUGGAACCAGUCAAAGUGGAAGUAAACAGACAAAGUUUGAGCUAUAUAAUUCAUGUUGUAGGUUGUGACGGUAAAUAUUUUUAACUGCAACACGAGAACAGCUGGAACAGGGGGCGGUCUAGGUCUGGGGGUUCGAAGGGCAGUGCCAAGGAUCAAUAUUAACGCCAGAGAACGUGAUGCCUCGUUAGUGAACUGUGUCGCAGAUUUCCUGAAUUACCUAACUAGAAAGAUGUGAGUUUCCCCGCCUCAGAAAUAAACAAAAAUGGGACGUCGGCACUCAGCUGUGUACAAGAAUAUAGUUUUUAUAGUGAAGAUUUUGAAACUGUUUUCGUCAUUAGAGCCCAAAGUUACACUCAUCAUGCAGUGAGGCGAAAAGUGAGUGACCAGGCCAAGGUGUCACGACGGGAUGGGUUGCCGCAGCUUGGUAAUAGUGAUGACCUCGUUCCUCUGGGUCACCACGACGGCCGCCACGAAGGAGUCGGCCGUGGUGCGGUCCGUGUGGGUGGUGAGGGGAGGCCGCGCCGAGCUGCCCUGCGCCCCGACGCCCAAAUACAGGCAGGACUCGGCCAGCGUGGUGCUCUGGUACCGCUACAGCGACACCAUCCCCGUGUACAGCUAUGACGCCCGGGAGGGAGAGUUCACAUCGGGCGUCGGGUGGGCGGACGAGGGGGAGCUGGGCGGGAGGGCGCACUUCAUCCCCUCCUCGGAGCCGCCCACGCUGGUGCUGGAGCCCGCCCACGUCCGCGACCAGGGCGUGUACACGUGCAGGGUGGACUACCAGCUCUCGCCCUCCACCACGGCUGUCGUCAACCUAACCGUCGUGGUCCCGCCCGGGCCGCCCAUGAUCCUGUGGGGCGGGCGCGGGGUGGUGGACGUGGUGGGUCCGCUCGGGGAGGGUGAGAGGGCGGAGCUCACCUGCAGGAGUAAGGGCGGGCGGCCUCCCCCAAUGCUGUCCUGGACGAGGAGGGGCCAGCGCCUGCCCCUGCUCGGCACCAACACGUCCUCCUCCCCAGACGCAGAGAACGCUGGGGUGGAGGCGCGCGUGGCCAUCGUGGGCAGCCGGGACCUCCUGGGCAGCACGCUGUCCUGCCACGCCCACAUGCCCUCCCUCGCCCAGACCCUCACCACUGCCCCGCAGGUCCAGACAGCCUCCGUCAUCGUCAACGUCACGUUGCCGCCGGUGACAGUGAGGAUCCUGAGCCCCGGCGCGGCAGCCUCGGCGGGCACGGAGCUGCGACUGACCUGCCGCGCCGCGGGCUCCCACCCCCCCGCCCACCUCACCUGGUGGAACGGCCACCAGCGCCUCUCACCGGUGUCCUACGCAGUGGAGGCGGGAGGCAACGUCACCAGCGCCACGCUCACGCUGCUGGUGAGGCGGGAACACAAUGGGGAGACGCUUACCUGCACCGCCUCCAACCCCGCCCUGCCCGGGGAACGCCACCUGUCAGACUCCAUCAAGCUGAGCGUCUACUACGCCCCCGUGGUCCGCCUGUCCAUGGGUCGCUCCGUCAACCCCAGCAGCCUGAAGGAGGGCGAUGACGUCUACUUCGAGUGCAGCAUCACCGCCAACCCUCCGUACAAGCGCGUCAUCUGGUACCAUAACGGCGCGGUGGUGGCUCACAAUCAGACCUCGGGCGUGAUCGUGAGCGGACAGAGCCUCGUCCUGCAGCACCUGAGGCGGGAACACGCAGGGACGUACACGUGCGGGGCCACCAACCACGAGGGGCACAACACGAGCAAUGCCGUCAUCCUGCCCAUCAAACACGCUCCGGUGUGCGCCGGGACGGGGCGGGAGAGGACCCAGGGGGCGGCCCGCGGCUCCACAGCGUCCAUCAAGUGCCUGGUGGAGGCGGAGCCCGCGGAGGACGUCACGUGGUCGUGGGUCAGGAAGCGAGUGGACGGCACGGUGGAGGAGCUGCCCGGCGAGGACGUGCGGGUGGAUGGCUUGUCCUCCAGCAUCAUCGUCACGCCCAUCUCGCCCGAGGACUACGGACGCUUCCUCUGCCGCGCCGCCAAUAGCGUGGGGCGGCAGCGCGAGGCCUGCGUGGUGACCCUGGUGCCCGCGGGGCCGCCAGACACGCCCACAAACUGUUCCGUGUCCCCGGCAGACCCCAGCACGGUGCACGCCCGCCCCGCCACCGCCGCCCUCACGGUCACCUGCCUCGAGGGCUUUGACGGCGGCCUCCCGCAGCACUUCACGCUGGAGACGUGGCAGGACAACGAGCUAGUCGCCAACAUGACCAGCAUGUUCCCGGAGUGGGUGGUGGCGGGACUGCGGCCGGGGGUGGGCGUCACGCUGCGGGUGGCGGCUCACAACACACGGGGCCGCAGCGACGCCUUGCGCUUCGAGGUACACACCGCCAGCGCCCAGCACCACGCCGCCCCAGACUCCAAGUGGGGGCUUCUGGGCGUGCCGCCGCUGCUGGGGGCCCUGGUGGGGGUGGGCGCCGUGCUGCUCCUCAUCCUCAUCACGGGCGUGGUCGUGGCCAGGCACAUGAGGCGCCCACCGCCGCCCACGCACGUCCACACUAUCAUCAUGACGCCCACCGCCACCACCACCAUCCCCGUCCCUGAUCCCGACACCUACGACCCUGACGUGGUGUCCUCUCUGCGCCGCCCAGCCGACAACCUGGACGUCUUGCCCCGCUCAGACCACACGCAUCAGAACGCGCCGCCCGCCAUCCUCCCCUCCGCGCAGGCUGCCAUGGGUCAGAGGGAGCAGGGGCAGGCCGUGGCAAGCAAGCAGGGGAACAGGCACGCGUCCUUCUCUCGUGGAUUCUGCCUGCACAGACAGAACAGUCAGUUGGGGGACAGUGAAGAGACGGCCGACUCGGACUCAGAUUCUACCUUGACGGACCUGACCGCGGCGGGACGGGCGGCCGCCGCCCUGCCGCCAGCGUCCAGUCACUCCCUCCCGCGGGUAAAGAGGCGCAUCCAGCAACUGUCAUCCUCUCCACUCGACUUGCAGCUGCAGGCGUGUCAGGUAUCGCAGGUGGUAACGACCCCCGAUGGCAUGAUUCAGCGCGUCCCUUACCUCCUUCGGAACCCGCGCCAGCCUCCCCCCUCCUCCUCGGCGGACCUGCGACACCUGACGGCCUCGGCGGAAGAGCUACACCCUCUCAUCUUCUCCAGAGACUUUCGGCAGCUGCUGACGUCAGCGGAUGUGAGACAGUUGUCUUAUUCAGGCACAGAGCUGAGGCUACUUCCUGGCACGGGCACGUGGCCGCUUGGCUCCUCAUCAGGGGAGCUCACACUUCCUCUGCAGUCUUCGGGGACUUUACGCUCGAUAACCACAGAAGAGCUCCGCCUGAUGCCCUCAUCGUCAGGGUCAUCUCCGUGGGACUUGCAAGCCACGCCAAUCUUCAGCAGGCUCUCCCCGGUCAGCCAUCGAAUGCCGUGCACGGAGGGAACGCAGCUUCCACCACAGACGCCCAUCACACAGCCACAACCGCACUCGCCCUGCGGCCACUUGCAUUCUCGAUCAUCUAGCACCCAGCCUCUUCUUCAGGCCAUUUGCACGGAGCCCCAGCCCCAGCCCCAGCCCCAGUCUCACUGCCAGGAUCCUAGGCUUUACCAGCCCUGUGUUGGCCAUCAGUCUCAGGAGCCCAGUGGGAUUCUUCAUCAUCAUGGAUCUUGUCCCGUAUCUCAGGCCGCGGAAGUGAGUGCUGAGGCUCAGUCACGACUUGGCUUUGUCGACUCUCACCGCCAGACGGAGGGUUCGAUUGUGGCUCCCAGACCACCAUGUCUAGAGCAAGGGGCUCCAGCAUUCAAAGGUUACAAGACCACGCCCACCCAGGCUAUAGUUUCUGAAGAACUUCAAGUAUCUCUGAGGGAACUUCAGCCCCCACCCGCACCAAGUGGUGAGGUGGAGCCGCUGCUAGACACUAUAGAGCUACAGCCGCCUCCGUCCUUUAGGGAGCCAGAGCAAUUCUCUCAAUUAGAAGUUGGCUCACUAACAGACACUGUUCGCCAGAAAAAGCCGGUAGGACAGCCAGUGGCUUGCCCACUGCCUCCUUCAGUGAGCCACUUGACGCAAUACAAGUCACCUGAUGGGUCAGGUGCGGACGUAAACUCCACUAUAUUUCAAAUUAAGCCCUCGCCCUGCCCCGCUCUAGAUGAGCUAUUGCAACAACCACAGGAUACAUUUUUACCUCAAAGUUUUAAACAUGAACCGACAACGUCGAGUAUUAAUCAGCAACAGUCUCCAGAGAGGCAGGAGUGGGCGCCUGAAGGGGGCAGCAGAGGCUCCUUUAAACGAAAAGAUUCCAAAAAAAGCGUAAAACAAGUCACAUUCUUUGAAGAAUUCAGUGAAGGACACACGUCAACGCCGGCUGUCGCGCGGGUGCCGUCCAAGACCGACGUUGGAAGAAGUGGUAAGCGGUGCGCCCAGAUGUUCUCCCGAGUUGAUCUACCUCCCCCUGGUCACCCGUCGCAACCUUUUGCUCCAGUGAUUCCCUUUAUGCAGCCACACCGACCACCAGUGACCUCCCAAUGUCAAGAAAUUAGGGGCAUAACAUAUCCUGAAGUUCCUGGGACUACCUCAGACAAGCUCCAUAAGACGAUAAGUAAACACACAGAAACCAACAUCCCAACAAGAACUUGUCGCGAGCCUAGUCAGUUUUCGACGACUCCCAGUUUCCAUGAACUCCAGCCAACCCACAGCUGUCCAGGAAGACCAACGGCCCUUGAUGGAGGCGCAUCGACGGUGGCCCGUGUCCCUGCAGUCUCGACACCUUCAGCUCAUGACAGCUCACAGCAGCUGGCACGCGACGUGCCCGGCACGGUAACCUCACCCGCUCAAGACAACAGACACAGAUAGAAGUGGACUGCAUUGCCCGCCCCGUGACUUGAGCACUGGCGGCCUGAGGGUAACAUCACGAUGCUCUCCGUGGCUUCGUAACAUCCUGUUCCUGCAGGUGCUCGCGCAGCGUCUCUGGCAAAAGUCUCGUCAGUGAGGCAGUCACGGUGGUCAUUUACCUUUGUGCUCACAAGAAAGUAUAAACAAAUUAUGUAAUAAACAAAUUAAUAUUUUUUUUGUGAUGAUUAUAGAUCAACCGCUUAGAAAGAGAUGUAUAUAAAAUAUAUAUUUAUAUAUACGUACAUUGUGUCAACUAUUGUUUGUGAAUGUGCAAUGCCUUCUGUGUAUAUAUUUUUGUCGGUACUCAAGAUGUUACACACGGCGACUUCAUACUGUGUAUGUCUGAGGCUCUUCGUGGGUCGUUCGAAUGUUCCAUUUUGUAAAUAGAUCGUAAAGUUUCUAUAAAAAAAUUGUCUUUCUUCCUCAGCAUUCAUUAUGAAAACUCCUUCCAUUAGGUGAGGAUCAGCAAGGGUCAACACAAAAGGUUUGCCUCCGGGCGGGUGGAGGGCUCGUCAAGCUGCAUUAGCAAAGUGGCUCGAUGUUUGAACAAAUUAUUUGUGAUGUCAACCUGACCAGACUUUUUUUACGUGUUCUCCAUGAGUUAAUCGAGUGCCACUUCAUAAACAAAUUCUUUUAGAGGAUGCAGCCCGAGCACUUUAUUUAUGCUGCCACAACGUCAAUCAGUCAUGCUUCCAUGUCAAGAGCUAUAAAACUUCAACUGGCAUUACCAUCAACGCAGUGAAAGUUUUUUUUCGUAAAUCCAUUAUUAUUAAUUCUGAAGCUACAACUGCUCAUA